UCGCUUACCAUACUGGCAGUCGUUUCAGUGUUGUUUACUAUUAGAACACGUCGGUCUCCGGAUGUCUGCAUUAAUUAUAUGUCUCGGAAUUUGCCAAAUAUACAGACUUUAUUUGUUUUGAAAAGCUCUCGCGGUAUCUGCCCAUAAAACCACUUGUCAACACAAUUUUGUUUUGUUUUGAUUCAUUAAAAUUUUGUGAAAGAGCGCGACACUGAACACAACGUUCAUAUUACUCUUGUACCAAUGAUUUGCUGGAACUUACUCGUGUGUGUGUGUAUGUGUGUGUGCUGUGUGAUUUCGUAUAAAGUGAAAUGCAUAUAUGUAUUACAAAAAAGCUUAUGAAAACAAAUGUGCAAAUUAAAUGCAUGCAUCCAGCUGCAACCUGUAUGAAUUUAACGAGUGAGUUUGGUUCACAACCAAUCAACAACGAGAUAACAAUGCAUUUAAAAUCUCCAUACUUCGGUGCUAAGGCGCUCAUAAUAAAACUGUUUUUUGCCAUGGCAUUUAUGACUGUCUUUGGGCAAAUUGCAGCCUCUACAAAAUCCGAAGUCAACGAGUUCAACCAAAGAGAGGAAAUCCAAUCAAAUGUUUACAGCUUUACAUGUUUUACAAAUAAGAGUGAGAUACCCUUUUCUCCAAAUCAGGAAAAAAUUGGCCUUCAAAUUACAACAUGGCCAUCACAUCAACUAAUUACCCGAAUAUUUGCAAUAUUUCUACGAGAAGUUCUUAAUUAUCGAAAUGUUUCUUUGUUUCCUAUUGUGUUCAACGAAGAAUCGAAAGGUAACCCACAAUUUGAGGAGCAACAAAGACUUAGUAGCACAAUGGAUCUAAUGAAUAACCGUUAUGCUUUAAUGAUGAAUAUGGGUCUUUGGACCCCAUCCCAAGGCCAUAGUCGGAAACCAUCGAACGUUCUUCAGGCUGGUAUAUCUAUGACAUCGGGACGUUUUGGUUGGUACACUUCACCAACUUAUAUGAACUCAACAAAAGAAUACUUACACUACUCUAUCUUUCUUAAUCGUUCGAACUCACUUUACGAACAGUUUGUCAUCGAAGACGAAGAUAUGGGUGUCCUUCUUCAAGUUAGUUCUGACAAUUACACAUCGCCCUUAUGUAAUAAGAUCAAAUGCGCUACUCUACUGGCAGAAUUCAAAAAUGAUACAUCAUUUGUGAAGUUUCAGAUACGUGAUAUGAAAGCUUUCUUAAACGUUCUUUGGCUUGGGCCGAGCUUCCGUUCACAAAUAAAUCGCUUGUACUCAAAAUAUACAACUGGGCUAUCAGACAAACGCCUUUUAAUUGUGCAUUGGACGCCCUCAGAUGUCAUUGAUGGCGAAAAUGUGUACGAACAUAUCGCAAUGCCACAAUGCGAAGAGCUGAAAUCUUUAUGGUAUUCAGAUUGCAAGUACGAGUUGACGGCCGUUAUUAAAUACUAUGCAAAAGGAAUAUCGAAAUACAAACGCCUUAUGUUUGCUCUACAAAAGUUUUGGAUCCGAAACCUAGAGCUGAAGAAGUUAUUUCAAGAUCUUAAUAAGGAACGCCGCUAUAUCAAGGAAUCGACUUUGCCUGAAAGAAUAUAUGACAUGUUGGCCUGCAAAUGGUUACAAAGCAACACAGAUACGUACAAAACAUGGGUGCUUAAAGAACGAAUAACUUUGUCGGUCGGAGGCAUAUUUCCCAUUGUAGAGAAUAAUCGAGGGCACCAGAACAUAGUUCAGGCCGUUCGUAUGGCAGCCAGUGCUAUUAAUGAAAGUAACGAAAUUUUGAACAAUUACAAUUUCCGUGUUCACACGAAUGACGGCGAAUGUAAAGCUGAUAUUGUGAUGAGGACAUUUAUACAUUACUUCAAUGAUCCGGAGGUGGUGGGCAUACUGGGACCAGCCUGUAGCGAGACAGUUGAACCUAUAGCAGGGAUUUCACGCCACACCAAUAUGGCGGUGAUUUCUUACUCUGCCGAGGGUGCAUCCUUCCUUGAUAGACAAGCCUAUCCAUUCUUUUUUCGCACAAUUGGUUCUAAUCGGCAAUACGAAGAUCUUUAUAUUAGUUUAAUGAAGGAAUUAGGUUGGAAAAGAGUUGCAGCCUUAACAGAGGAUGGUCAGAAAUAUACCGAGUAUAUUUCUCAUAUGGAGUCAACACUGAAAAACAACAAUUUUGAGCUGAUUGCAAACAAAAAAUUUUUGAGUGAUGUCAGUCCCGUUCUAAUGAAUAAGUAUCUGGAUGACUUAAAAAAGAGACGUGCGAGAAUUAUCAUUGCAGAUAUUCAGAAUAAAUAUGCAGCUAUUGCAAUGUGCGAGGCCUAUAAACUAGAGAUGACUGCGCAUCAAGGAUAUGUAUGGUUUCUACCAUCGUGGCUGUCGAGUGACUUUCAAUCUCUUUUAGUUGAAGGAAAUAACAGUUGCUCAAUUGAAGAGCUGGAAGAUGCUUUUGAAGGACAUUUUAGCAUUACACAUUCCCCUUAUGGAAAUAAUGAGACUAUCAUGGAAGAGAAUAUUUCAAUUAAACAAUGGAGGGAGUCUUACAGUGCCCGAGUACAUGAUGUAUCAAUGUAUACAGCAUUUGCAUAUGACGCAGUCUGGGUAUAUGCUAAGGCGGUAGAUAAAAUUUUGACAGAAAACAAAAAUUCUGUCGAAACUUUUAGAUCAAAAUCGAUGAUGACUCGUCUAGUGGAUGCAAUUUGGGAAACCGACUUUGAUGGUCUUUCAGGAAGAGUGCGUUUUGGACAAGGUGGAUCGCGUAUUACUGAUUUGGUGGUUAACCAGUGGCGUAAAAAUCAGUCAAUUGAAGUAGGGAAAUUCAUUCCCAAGAUUAUAGGAACUCGGCGAAAUCUUCGAACCAACGGCGGGCACUUAAUUAUUAGAACGAAAUCUAUUACAUGGUUACCCGAUGGAACUCCACCUGGAGAUGGUACAUAUGAUUGUAGUUUCUCGUCACUGGCAGAGUUUCUGGAUAUGGAUUGCGAAAAGGCUUCGCUUGCAUUCACUACUCUCAUUUGUUUUAUAGCAAUGGUAGUCAUAUCGCUUAUUUCAUUUUUGUUCUGGAAACGACGUUAUGACAAAAAACUAAAACGUUCAGCCAAGAUAAUGAAAAAUUUUGGAAUUGAUCUUUUGUCACCUUCUCAUAUCAACACAUUAGAUAAAUGGGAAGUACCCAAGGAAAACGUUGUCGUUAAUCGAAUUUUGGGAAAAGGGGCUUUUGGUAAAGUAUAUGGCGGUGACGCUUUAAUAGGCCCUGAAGGAUGGACAGCUGUAGCUGUAAAGACUCUAAGAACUGAGGCGUCUACAGAAGACCGACUUGAUUUUUUGUCGGAAGCCCAAGCCAUGAAAUUGUUUAAUCAUAAAAACAUAGUUAAGCUUUUGGGAGUCUGCCUCCAGUCAGAACCAAUCUACUCUAUAAUGGAAUUUAUGCUCUAUGGAGAUCUUAAAACUUUUCUGUUAGCCCGUCGCCAUAUGGUGAAUGAAAAAAUCAACGAUGAUUCAGAUAUAACACCCAAACGCCUUACAAUGUACGCUAUGGAUGUCGCUCGAGGUCUCGCCUAUUUGGCUCAACAAAAGUAUGUCCACAGAGACAUCGCCUGCCGGAAUUGUCUGGUGAGCUCCCAAAGAGUCGUAAAAAUUGGAGACUUUGGGAUGGCGAGGCCUACAUACGAAAGCGACUAUUAUCGAUUUAAUCGUAAAGGCAUGCUCCCUGUUCGUUGGAUGGCUCCCGAAGCCCUGGUCCUUGGCAUGUUUACUCCCGCAUCUGACGUUUGGGCUUUUGGUGUUGUCCUUUUCGAAAUAAUUACUUUCGGAUCUCUACCUUAUCAAGGAUUGACCAACAAUCAAGUAUUGGAAUAUGUUAAAGCAGGUAAUUGUUUGGAUGUUCCAGCUGGAGCAAAACCUCAGCUAGAGGGACUUUUAAAGUCAUGUUGGAAUAAGGAUACGAAAAAAAGACCCACAGCCUCGGAAAUUGUUAAAUAUAUAGCAAAGUAUCCGAGCAUAUUAACACCUUGUUUAGACUUCCCAAUUGGCUCAGUCGAGAUGACUGAAUCAGAAAGCGACCAGUUAGAACUUUUGCCAAAGCCUCGACACAGUUUACAACAAAUCAAUGAUGAUGCCUGUAAAUCAACAACUACUGAUAAAAUAAGCAGCGUUAUUUGUGAUGGAAAAACCAACGAUCCCGUGUGUAUCGAAAUGGACCAGAAUAGUAAUAAGAGCGGCAAUGGUGCGGAACUAUACAACACAAUUUUACCAACAACACCAGAUGGCUACAGCAUCAUGUCCCCAUUAAUCAGCCACUCUAUUAAUCACGUAUAUCAACAAACGCCAUUUUGAGUAAUAUAAUAAUAUAAUUUCAUUUUGAUGAUAGUCUUUCAAUAAUAAUUCGCUUCCAAAUUA